AUGCUAAUAAUCUUUCAUUUAAUAGUUCUGCCGGGAUCAUACAGUCAAUCUGAUGUGGUAGUUGUGACUGCUGAUGCUACUGAUGAUAGAAGUACAGUGGACAGAAAUUAUCGGCGCUGCUCGCGGCGACAAGCGGAAUCAUCAAGCAAUCAUGGACUGGUAUAUAAACGAUUAAGCAGCUCAGCUGCGGAGGUGCAACUUCCUCACAGUAAUGACGAUGAAAAGUAUUCUUUGAAUGCAUUUCAUGGUAGUGGAAUUUUGGAAAGUACUCAUUCACUUACCUAUCUUGAAUGGGUACAUGAAAGACAAACAAGACGUAUGCGUACCCGGUCUGAAUGGUUUCUUUUACCUGCGUCGUCAGCAAAAGAGAGUGGUACAUCACAGCUAAAUGCUUCCGCAUUUUCUUCUACUAGCAUGCUUCAACCGUAUUCGCAGUUUGAUGACUCAACAAUGGGUUCAUUCGAUGGAUGCAUGGGAAAUCCUGAUACUACCGAUGAAUACCUUAAAACAUGCGAAGAAGCAAUCACUCCAUCUUUAGUUAACAUAUCUGGACAGCUUCCUCUAGCAUCACAAUCAGUAACGUCCCCAACAUCUCGAAUAGCUGGCGGUAUCGUUCGUCGACGUUCUUGGCGUACUCAUUACGUGCGUCCUAAUCGAAUUUUUGAGGGUACUAACAAAGAGCGAGAUUCUAGUGAUGUUGCUGUUGUUUCAAGUAGAUCAGCACCGCUAUAUCGUCGUAAUGUACCGCAUACAUCUAAUCGAAACUUGCCAAGUACAGGGCAGCCUAUAAUGCUACCAUCAUCCUUGAUAGAAUUUCAGCAACAACGACAGCAAUUAAGAGCACCAUCACCGGAAUGUGUAAAAGGUUAUUCCAUUAUUGGUAGUGGUAGCAAUACUUCUCAUGGGAGGGGAUCAAAAACUAUUUCGCAGUCCAAAAAUGUGCACUUCUAG